UCCCCCCUGCACCCCGACGGCUUGGCGGAGCUGCAGGUCCGCACCCUCUUCCGGUCCUGGAUGCCCGGGCCGCGCUCGCUGCUUGCGGUGAAUGCUGCGCCUUUCGGAGCGCAACAUGAAGCUGCUGUUCGCUGCCGCCCUCAUCGUGGGCUCGGUCUUCUUCCUUUUGCUGCCGGGACCCUCCGUGGCCAACGACAAGAAGAAGGGGCCCAAAGUCACGGUCAAGGUAUAUUUUGAUCUGCGCAUUGGAGAUGAACCUGUAGGCCGGGUUGUCUUUGGACUUUUUGGAAAGACUGUUCCAAAAACGGUGGAUAAUUUUGUUGCCUUAGCCACAGGAGAGAAAGGAUUUGGCUACAAAAACAGCAAAUUCCAUCGUGUCAUCAAAGACUUCAUGAUCCAGGGCGGAGACUUCACCAGGGGAGAUGGCACAGGAGGAAAGAGCAUUUACGGUGAGCGCUUCCCAGAUGAGAACUUCAAGCUGAAGCACUACGGUCCUGGCUGGGUUAGCAUGGCCAAUGCAGGCAAAGACACCAACGGCUCCCAGUUCUUCAUUACUACAGUCAAGACAUCAUGGCUAGAUGGCAAGCAUGUGGUUUUUGGCAAAGUUUUAGAGGGCAUGGAUGUGGUACGGAAGGUGGAGAUCACCAAGACAGACAGUCGAGACAAGCCCCUGAAGGAUGUGAUCAUUGCAGACUGUGGCAAGAUUGAAGUGGAAAAGCCAUUUGCUAUUGCCAAGGAGUAGGGCCUCAGGACCUACCUCAUCCCUACAAACAACUGUGCAGGCCAUUGCCCUCAUGGGGUGAAGAUAGCCAGUCACAAGGCUCUGAGCUGUGCUGGCCCUAGUGCUUCCAUUUGAUGGGGUGGACCCACACUCCUCACAUUCCACAGGCCUGGUUUUAUAUCAAACUUGUACUAAUGUUGACCAAUAAAGUGGUUUUUUUUUUGUU